AUGCUAUUAAAAAAAAUAGUCUCAUAAUUUUGCAGUCAAUUCGAAAAGAACAUCCAAAAAGCAAGAAGGACUCCACAGGUGAUUAGUUAGGUCAAAGCAGAAGAAACAACAGAGGAAAAAGAAUCAGAUUACUCAUUAAGAAAAAUGCCCUUUUAUAGAUUCCCUGUCGGACUCUAGAAGAAUUUGUAUUUAAUGUUACAACUAUUUGUGAAGCUAUUAUUUAAUAGGUCCAUUAAUCUUUUUUGAUUUGGCCUAAUUGUAAAGCCCUUACUUCUCUUACCAACUCACAAAUGCAUUUUGCUAAUUGAAUGAUAUAUACAUAUUUGGCUUUGCUGGAAUAGUUGGCGCUAUUGCUGGAUGUCAUUUUGUAUCUGGCAAACCUUUUAAUUACUUGGGCUUAUAUAGCUCAAGUUAAUUGAUAUGUCUUUUAGGCAAUAGUAUGUUAAUGUACUGUUUGUCGCCUUAUUUGUUUGGCUUUUAUUUUGUGAGCGUUCUAUCGCAUUUGAUUUGGUACAACAACACCAAAAGCAUAAUUGGAGUGCCUAAAACAUUCAGCAAUCUUUAUCUCAAGUCUAUGGUGUUUUCGUCGCUAUUUAUAUUUGCAGUACGAUUUGUUGUAAAUUUCAUAGGCAAUAGGCGGAAUAGUACUCUUGAACUAAGAAAUUAAGCAUUUAGAGAUCAAAAUUGAAGAAUUACAAAAGCUAUCAGAUUCCCUAAAAUCAGGACUAUGAGAC